AGAGAACAGCCAAGGAGGAAGGAAUAGAUGCCAGAGAUGAAGGAUACAAGAAGAAAAUGAAGGCAAAUCGAGAGAACAAGAAUACAAAGGAGACACAGCUCAUCCUAGGAGAUUACGUAUUGGUGAGACAGCAGAAGAGAAACAAAUGGAGCACGCCAUACGAACCAGCCUUCUACACUGUCACAAACAUUGAGGGAUCAAAGGUGACAGCACGCAGAGCUACAGAUAGCAGGACGGUAAGCAGAGACGCAAGCCAGUUCAAGCUCGCUAACUGUAUUAUCAACACAGCGGACGAAACCAGAGAGAAAUCGUGUGAGGAAAAUCUAUCCAUGCUCAAGCCAGAGGGUAGUGAUCAACCUACUCAGAGUGCAAGCGUAGCAACAGAGAUAAGCGACAGCACAGACAAGACGGAGGAAGAAAGCAAAAAAAAACAGCUAACGCUAAACCACAGCCUAGAGAGGACCAGGAGACACCAGAGCUGAGGGAGCGAGCCAAGAGGGAGAGGCGCAAGCCGAGUCACCUCAAGGACUAUGUUACCAGUUAGAAAACAAGAUAUUUUUCUUGAGACUUCUUGAGACUUUACUUACUUCAAGAGAACUCUAUUGAUUACUUUAUUGAGUUGAUCGUUAGAAAUGUUAAGAUUGUAUAGAGCUAUUCUUUUUAAGUAAGGGAGAAAUGUAAUAUCCUAGCGCCCUUGCACACUCAUACAGGUGACCAAUAAAACUGAGUUGACAUCCAAGAUGGCGUCCCCCAUGUAGCUUCCGGUUAUUUCAGUCAUCACGAUUGAAUUACAGCUUGGAAGCGUAAUUAUACUGGAAUUCGAAGGCACACUUCACGGUGAACAAGCAGGCAUGGAUUCUUGACCCUGGAGUUGACUACUCGGUACUGCAAAUGAUUUUCGUUGCGUCCUCCGAAGCUCAUAAUGCAUGCAUAAAUACAUGCCUUACGGUGUGCUGUGUUUAGUUUCAAUAAGUUAUAUAUGCAUCCCGUCCGAGUUUGUCAGUCGAUCAUGAACAUUCAGUAUUCAAAUUGCCUUGUGCAUGCGCUGUUUAAAAUUGAAUGGGGGUCUAGAAUUUUUCAAAGGUGGUUGAAUUUAUGAAAACUAUUACAAUAGCUUUGUGCUUAAAAAGGAUUGGAACAUUGGACCUCAGAACCACACCUGGAUCAGUCACUCCAGAAAAUGACUUGACACAACAGUAUUUCAUAUUUGUUUUAAUGACUUAACAGUGGUAUAAGCUUAUAUCGUCUCAUCUCCUACACACAAAAAGCAUGUGGUACACAGAAUAUCAAAUAAAACAAAUAGAAGACACA